UUGACAUCUGGGUGGUUAAACAAAUGAUUUUUUUUGAAAUGUACAUAUACAAGUUUGCAUACUAACCAAAUGCUCUCUCAAACCACUUAUCGUUUUCAUAUAUUGUAACUUGGUAAGCUAAAAUAAAAAAUGGCUAUAAACAACUUAAUUUCAGUUGCAAUAGCAAUAUGUCUAGUUUCCAUAACAACAAUACAAGGCAACAAUGGCAGUGGGAGAAGAGGAGCCAAAGAUCAUAUUCAUAUUGAGAUCGACCCUCAAGAUGACAAAAGUAUAAAAGAGGCAAAUGAAGAUGUCGAGCAUAUUGAAGACCAUUAUGAUGGGAAAGUAAAACUAGAUUACAAAUCCAUGACAACGGAAGAACGUUUGUGGCACUUUUUUACGCAGCAUGACUUCAACAAUGAUGAAUACCUUGAUGGUUUAGAACUUUAUCAUGCUUGGGGAGAGAGGGUUAGUCUACCCAAUGAUGCCCAUGGACUUGACCAUAAUAGCGAAAAAUAUAAGAAUUCAGUUGAAAAAGCGUAUGAAAGAUUAACAGCUGGAAUCGAUCGUAUCCUGUCAAAGUACGAUAUAAACAAAGAUGGCUACCUGGAAUACGUUGAAUAUUUACAAAUGGGCUCCCGCGGGAUGAGAUGAUAAUUUCCAUUGUGUAUCAAUUUCUCAAUUAUUGUUAACAUUUAUUACAUAGAAUUAGAAUAAAUUGUAUUGAUAAGUUUAUAA